AUGGUAGACCUGGAAGAUGGACGUUGUAUCCUGAAUAACUCGGAGCAUCAGUGUACUUUAUCUCCAGACUGUAAUACAGAAGAUAAUGACUUUGCCCCAAAUCCUCCAGGAGUAAAUCCUGUUACUGAAAAUCAAUCCAGAUCAAUGGAUCCUUCUAGUAGCAAACCACGUUCUCCUGGAAUAUCACCUUCUGUUACAAGCACCGAUAAUUCUUUGUCCUGCUCGGAGUGCGGGAAAUCUUUUACAACCAAAUACAAACUUCAUGUUCAUGCGAGAUGCCACACGGGAAAGAAGGUCUUCCAAUGUCUGGACUGUGAGAAAUCCUUCUUAUGGAAUGCGGACCUUGUUAACCACCGGAGAGUUCACACCGGUGAGAAGCCCUUCCCUUGUUCUCUAUGUGACAAACGUUUCUCCUCUAAAACCAUCCUGGAGGACCAUAUAAAAGUCCACACCGGUGAGAGGCCGUUUUCCUGUACAGAGUGCGGGAAAUGUUUCACUCAGAAAGGAGGCCUCAGAAAGCAUAUGAAAUGCCACACCGACGAGAAGCCGUUUUCGUGUUCCGAAUGUGGUAAAUGUUACACAGCGAAAGGAAGCCUCGACUACCACAUGAAAAGCCACACCGGCGAGAUGCCGUUUUCUUGUGAAAAGUGCGGUAAAGGUUUCAUAUUACAACAACAACUUCUCAGACACCAGAAAAACUGUACGGGUAAUGGUCUGUCAAGUUCAGAGUGCAAGAUUUCAAAAUCUGAGCUCAUUGUACAACAAAAAGGACACACCGAAGAGAAGAGGUAUCCAUGUUUGGAGUGUGAAAAAUCCUUCAAACGGAAGGAAGACCUUGUUACCCAAGGUGAGAAGCCGUUCUCAAUGUGGCAGAUUAAACGAGGCCUUGAUGACCAUCUAAAAGUGCACAGCAGUGUGAAGCCAUUCACCUGUGAAGUGUGUGGGAAAGGUUUCAUAAAGCACCUGCGCUUCCUUACACACCAGAGUACUCACACAGGCGAGUGUCCUUUUUCAUGUUCAGAGUGCGGAAAGAGUUACAAUCGCAAAGACAAUCUAGUUAAGCGUCAGAAGACACAGGGGCACUGA